AUGGCCUCCAACACCGACAAACCCGCCGCAACGGCCGCGGCGCCGCCACAACAACAACAAAACCAGCAGCAGCCAGAGACGCUCCUCUACUUCGCCUUCGGCUCCAACCUCAGCAGCACCCAGAUGCGCUCCCGCUGCCCCGGCGCCGCGGCCGUGGGGCUGGCGUUCCUGCCGGGGUUCGACUUCAUCAUCAACGAGCGCGGCUUUGCGAACGUCGUACCAAGCAAAAUCACCAGCGCAGCCAGCAGCACGUCAGCGACGGCGCCCGGCGGAGGGAGCGGUGUGUACGGCGUCCUCUACCGCCUCUCCUCGCCCGAGGAGAAGCGGCGCCUCGACAGGUGCGAGGGCGUCCCCUGGGCGUACGAGGACCUCGUCCUGGACGUGCAGCAGCUGAGCGGGGGCGGCGUGCCAGCCCACGAAGCCACGGGCGAGAGCAGCAGCACGGUGAUGGUUCAGGCGCUCGUGUACGUCGACCGGGCGCGGGUGAGCCCCUCGGCGCCGCGGGCCGAGUACGUCGUGCGCAUGAACGCGGGCAUCCGGGAGGCCGGGGCCGAGUGGGGGCUGCGUGCGGGUUACGUGCGGGACGUGAUGAGGCGGUACAUACCUGCUGAUGAUGACGCCGCUGCCGACGGCGACGGCGGCGAGACAGCUGGGGGGUUGGGAUGA